GCGGUGAAAAGCAGACCACUCCGUCCCUCCUCCUCCAUUCGUCCUGCAGCAGCAGCCCGUGCGCCUCCUGGUCCUCCGCAGCAGCCUCUGGUCUCCUACAGAAAGUCUUAUUAAACAUGGCGGACGAUGGUAAGCUGUUCAUCGGAGGUCUGAGCUUCGAGACCAACGAGGAGUCUUUGAAUGCGGCCUUCUCGAAAUACGGCAACAUCGAGAAAGUGGAUGUGAUCAGAGACAAGGAGACGGGGAAGUCUCGCGGUUUCGGCUUCGUGAAGUUCGACAACAGAGACGAUGCUAAAGACGCCAUGGAGGCCAUGAAUGGAAAGACUCUGGACGGCCGGGCCAUUCGCGUGGAUGAAGCAGGGAAGUCCGGACGCAGGUCGGGAGGAUUCAACUCCGGUGGACCGAGAGGCGGAAGAUUCAGCGGACCCCGCGGCGGAAGAGGUGGGGGUGGUUACUCGCGAGGUGGAUACAACGGAGACCGCUACAGCUACGACCGGGGCUUCGGGGGCGAGCAGAGGGGCUUUGGCGGCGGCAGCGGCGGCGGCGGAUACAGGAGCGGAGGAUACUCAAGCGGCAACUACAGAGACAGCAGGGGGCAGGGAUAUAACAGUGACCGCAACUCCUACCGCGACUACGACGGCUACACUACACACGAGUAAACAUCUCCCUGAUUCAAGAUCAUCACUUGGCUGGCUGUAUUUCAAAGAUGCGCUCCUCAAGAAAAAUGUCCACGUGUUAUUGCUGACCUUUAGUUAUUUUUUGUAGUUCUGUUGUAGUAGCUCAGCAUCUUUAAAGAGUUUAAAAAGAAAAAAAAGAAUAAGAAAGAAAAAUGUAGCCAUGAGUUUUGGUCAUUCCUUAACAAACCAUGUUACGAAUUGAAAGUUUCCGUGCUUGAUUGGGCAUCUUGAUUCCUUCAAAAAGACAGACCUGUGUGAACCGCUAAGUACUGUACGGUCCCAGUUUGGGGGUGGAACCACAGCUCUCCCCCCGGCUUUUCGUUCAACAGCCACCCCAUCUCUGUUGGCUUUAUUGUCCAGUGAGUUCAAGGUGAUUCCUGAUUGGAUUCCUCGUCUAGCUUUUGAUUUUUAAUGGGGCUUGUUUUGUAUUUUUGAUUCCUUACUUCCCUUUCAGUCUCCGACUGAACUACCUCCUGCCAGGUUUCACACUGAGUGAGGAAAGGGAUCCUUUUACUCUCAAAUCGACAUUUUUGGGGGGAUUCAGUGCUCAAUUUUGUUUUUUUUUUUUUUAAACAUUGAAAACGAAACCUUGGCUCCGCCGAGGCCCUGUAUGUUCGUAUUCCCAAAAAAGUGAAUUCCUUUCAGACUGGUGAACCACACAUCUGAAGUGGCCGGCUGUUCAUGAAGUUGCAAAUAGCAGCAUGCUACAGUCCGUCCAAGGUAUCUUCUGUGCUCUGCUCAACAUCUGCAUUUUUUUAAAUGUGCUGUAAAAUGGACUAAUCUUGUUCAGUGUUCGAAGAAAAAUGUAACUUCGUUUCCCCAAAGUAAUAUCUCAACCGGGAACAGUUUUGUACUUUAUGUUCUUUGUAUGAUCGAUUUAUUUUUUUUUUUUCUUUGUCAGUUUGGCUUCAUGGAGCCUAUUAAAACAGACUGUGGAAAAUA